AUGGCCACUCCGCUGGUCGGCACUGCCAUCAUCACAGGAGGAAAUGGGUCGCUCGGGUCAGAAAUAGCCAUCGCGAUUGCGAAAACUCAGCCAUACGUCCACCUGCUGCUCGUUGCGCGCGAUAUCAGAUCUGAGAACGUCAAAGAUGUCAGGGAACGGAUCCGACUGAUUGGGCCCCGGUCCCUCGAGUUUGUCAAGGUAGACCUCGCAAGUUUCAAUUCGGUCGUCAGCUUCUCCGAAAUCACAGUUGAGAGGGUCCAAAAUAAAGAAAUUCCUCCUGUGACAUUAUUGAUCAACUGCGCCGCCAUGUCGUCAUACGUCACCGAUCAGGUAACACGAGAUGGCCACGACCCUGUCUACCAAACGAACUGCAUCGCGCCAUUCUUAUUGACAGUCAGUCUUCUUGAGGCAUUCAGAGCAGGGGACGGCACCCCAAAUGGCGGCGCACGGGUGAUCAAUAUUGGAUGUUCUUCCAUGUCAGAGGGUACACUCGACUAUUUUGAGAAUCCAGAUCCAAAUGUGAGCAUAUGUCCGGGAACGCCGUUGGGCGUGAAAGAAGCGACCAAGCGCUUUGGAAGCAGUAAACUCCUAAUGAGUGCGGCUAUGUAUGCGCUGCGGCGAAGCUUGGUGUUGACCGGAAACAUUUCCCUCAACGUAUACACCCUUGAUCCAGGAGGAAUGACCAACGACGUCCACUCGGCAACUGCCGCUCCAUUGUCGGUGAGAAUGGCUCACCAAACACGAUCUGGGCUUCGACCGUUCCUGCGGGUAUUUUCCAAGAGCGCCAUCAACAAGGCUAGUGUUCCAGCCAAAGUGAUAUCGAAAGUUGCAUUCCAGCGCGACACAGUGGAGAACUGGGGCAGGGAACGGUAUUAUAUCUUGGACAGCGAGUACGAGGCCGGAUCCGUCAUUCCUGCGAUGCGAGACCACAAGCAAAUGGAUGCACUGUUAAAGAAGAUGUUGCAGCAGGUUGAGUCGCCAGAGGUCGCUCUUCUAACUAGGUGCUCUUCAAAAAGGUUUCAACCGCGCUCACAUCCUGCCUUUCGACGACGGAAACAACUUCUCCAGCGAAUUUGCUUGUUCGGCGGCAUCGCAUUCUUCCUCCUCAUCUUCAUUUCUCCCUCCUGGCGAGCUUCGAUUCUCCCCGCGCUAUCGUUCGGCCUUCUCUCCCCUUCAGACCACCUACAGAUACAAACGGUCCGAUAUUAUGAUCUUGCGAAAGUAAAAGGUUCCGCAAAAAGCUGGGAGCAUGGGGACCGAGUGCUUAUGUGCACGCCCCUUCGAGACGCAGCGUCCCACCUGCCGAUGUUCUUUUCCCAUCUUCGAAACCUCACAUACCCGCACCAUUUAGUAGAUCUCGCUUUUCUUAUCUCGGACUCAAAGGAUCGAACAAAUGAGAUGCUAUUGGAAAUGCUGGAAGAAUUGCAGCACGAUGAGGACCGCGAUAUUCCCUUUGGAGAAAUCUCAGUCAUUCAGAAGGAUUUUGGACAAGAGGUUAACCAGGAUGUGGAGAGUAGACACGGAUUUGCUGCGCAAGCUUCCCGCAGAAAGCGGAUGGCCCAGGCACGGAAUUGGCUACUAAGCGCAACUCUCCGGCCGACUCAUAGCUGGGUCUAUUGGAGAGAUGCAGAUGUGUUGACUGCACCGUCUACCAUUCUUGAGGAUCUUAUGAGGCAUGAUAAAGAUGUCAUUGUACCAAAUGUCUGGCGGCCAUUGCCCGAGUGGCUCGGUGGGGAGCAACCAUAUGACCUAAACUCCUGGCAGGAAUCGGAGACUGCUCUCGCCCUUGCGGAAACGCUAGACGAGGACGCUGUCAUUGUGGAGGGUUACGCUGAGUAUGCCACUUGGCGACCUCAUUUAGCCUACCUACGUGACCCCUAUGGGGAUCCCGACAUGGAAAUGGAGUUAGACGGUGUAGGUGGUGUCAGUAUCCUUGCGAAAGCGCAGGUAUUUCGUGCUGGAGUCCAUUUCCCAGCCUUUAGCUUUCAAAAACAUGCCGAAACAGAAGGAUUUGGCAAGAUGGCCAAGCGUAUGGGCUUCUCUGUGGUUGGCCUCCCUCAUUACACAAUCUGGCAUUUGUAUGAGCCGAGCGUGGACGAUCUCAAGCAUAUGGAGGAGAUGGAAUCCGAGCGAAAAGCCCGCGAGGAGGAAGAGAGGCAGCAAGCCGAACGUGCAGAGCGCACCAAAACCUAUUACAAAGAUACGAGGAUUGAGUCGGAAAUCGAUAAUGCAUUUGUCCGUGAGGCUGUGAAGGAAGAAGCUCAAGAUAUAGAGAUGCGCGAUUCGGAGAACAAGGAGCUGGACGAUGUUGAACUGGACGAUCUAGUGGGAGAUCAGAGCAAGUCUGACAACGCGCAGGUUGAUGAUCACAAGAAGUCUGCUCCUCAGAAGCCACAAGUUGACAACUAA